AUGGGCAGGCUUGAGCCUGAAACUAGAAAAAGUCUCCUGGAUCGGUUUUUGCGGGAUUGUGAAAUAGCUGAAAGUGUUGCCAAGCCAUCCGGAACGAGAGGAAAUAGAAAGUUGCAGCAAAUUCUUCGUUUAUUACAGGAACAAGGUAACCGAGCCAAAAUUGCAGUCUCUUCACGAAAACCUGACAAUCCGCUUUCACAAAUACCGCCUAAUUCAAAAGAUAAGGUCAGGGCAGAAGGACAAGAUCCCAAGGCUUCAUCUCCAGAAGCGGAAGCAACACCUAUGCAAGGAUCCUCCUCAAAUAUUGAUAAGGUACACACAGCGAAUACGAAUCAACCGGUCAAAGAAAAUAUCCCGACAAGAGAUACGAUUGAAGAGAUCAAUCAUGAAACCGAGGAACAGUCUCUUUCUCGCGCGGACUCUCCGCUCACUUCACAGAGUGAAACUCAGUCACCAAGAACCACUCGCGCCCAUAAAGUCUCUGAAGUCACCCGCACUGAGAAGAUCAAGGAAUUAAGUCGUAGUACUCGCAAAUCCGAACGUGUGACUUCUCAGACUCAUGACCAAGUAAGUACUUAG